AGCAAAAUGCAGCACGCAGUUUUCAUCGUGAUGCUUAUUCUACCAUCACUUCAAAGCGACUGGUUCUUGUCUGGAACCGAAAUUGACGACUGUAUGGAUAUUAUUGAACAUGGCGGAAGGAUAAAGUGCGGACUUGAAGGAUCUGGUGAUCUCGAUGAUUAUGAUCCUGAAUCCUGCCGAUUUAGAUGCAGUGGCGGCGCUAGGCCGGAGUUGCCGUAUGGGGUUUGCUCCGGCGAUAGAGUGAAUUGCACUACCUUCACGAGAGAAGCCCUGCGGAAUUGGGAGCAAGCAUUGCAGAGUGCACGACACCAAUUUUUGAAAGAAUGGUGCCCAUAUUAUCCGAAAGAUUAA